AUGAAACAAUAUGAACAAACAUUUCCAAGUACCCUUCAAAGAACAAGUAGUUGCAAUAGCUCCAACAAGCUUAUAAUUCCAUCAAAUUACCUAAAUUCAACCAAUUCUUCAAUCAUUCAUCACCCUUUUGAGGAUAAUUUCUCAUAUACAAAUUCUUUUAUUCAUCGAAAAAAUCGCGGUGCAAUAAAAGUCAACUUUAAUUUUUUCAAGUCUCUUCUAAAAAUUAUUUCCUUCCAUACUAUGCUUCCAACAUGCAUGUUUAUUAAUUUCCCUACACGUUUUACACCUAAUUCAUGCCGGAAAGUCACCGGAACUUUGUUCGGUAACCGAAGAGGCCACGUCAGCUUCGCCAUUCAAGAUAAUUCCACGUCAUCAGAGCCUAGCCUUUUGAUUGAAUUCGCCAUCUCAACGUCUACUUUGGUCAAAGACAUGUCAUCGGGUCUGGUCCGAAUCGCGUUGGAAUGUGAGAAAAUGCCACGUGGCAGCAGGCAAUUGAGGCUCCUCCAGGAACCUAAGUGGGCCAUGUAUUGUAACGGAAGGAAGUGUGGGCACGCGCUUGCCCGCGUGUGCACGGACUCUGAUAGGCACGUGUUGCACACUGUGCGGAACGUGUCGGUUGGGGCCGGAGUGAUUCCGGUUGUGGGUGAUGGCCGGAAGGGUGGCGAGUCAGAAGGUGAGUUGAUGUAUAUGAGGGCUAAUUUUGAACGAGUCGUAGGGAAUUGUGACUCGGAAGCUUUUUAUAUGAUGAAUAUCGAUGGAAAUGGAGGGCCUGAACUUAGUAUAUUUCUUAUUAGAACUUGAAAAGAAAAUAAAAUUCAAAUCUAUAUAUGUUUGUAUCAUUAUGCGUGUUAUUUUAUAUUGGAUAAAUAAAUUUA